AUGGAGAACCCAGGUUGCACUUGUACAUGGCGAACCUUGUACGAGAAACCACAAACCAUGUUAGUUAACUUCAAAAACAUGGUUGUAAAACUUGGAAAAGAUGACCCCAGAAGGAUUACUCACUCCCUUAAGUUCGGAUUCGCACUGGUAUUAAUCACUAUUUUUCAAUAUUUUCGUCCCUCCUUCUAUGUUCUUGGUGACAACAUAAUGUGGGCCGUUAUCACUGUCGUUUUUGUCCUGGAAUUUUCUGUGGGUGCAACACUCGGAAAAGGUUUAAACCGGGUGUUGGCGACGGCGUUUGCUGGUGGUCUUGCUGUUGCACUCCGCGAAAUAGCGAGUUUUUUUGGAGAUAAGGGAAAGGUCGUAAUGAUUACGGUCUCUGUAUUUUUCGUAGCUGGAACGGUGACGUUUCUGAGAUUUUCCCCGCGACUGAAGGCGAAGUAUGAUUACGGGAUGAUUAUUUUUAAUUUGACCUUUUGUAUAGUAGCUCUUUCGGAGACUACUGAGAAUGAACUGUUGGAAGUUGCACAAGAGAGGUUAUUAACGAUCAUAAUUGGGACUUGCAUAGCUAUUACGGUAUGUAUAUGUAUAUGCCCCGUUUGGAUUGGACAGGAUCUUCACAAUCAAAUUGCUUCCAAUAUUGUAAAGAUCGCCGACUUUUUGGAAGGAUUUAGAGAUGAAUACUUCAACAAUUUAGGGAAGACAGCAGAAGCUGAGGAUGAUAAGUCAUUUCUCCACAGAUAUGAAAGUAUCCUCUCUUCAAAAACUAAUGAAGAAACAAUGGCUGUUUUGGCAAGAUGGGAACCUCGUCAUGGCAGGUUCAGAUUUCGCCAUCCAUGGAAGCAAUACUUGAAGCUCGGAAACCAAAUUCGGUUGUGUGCUUACAAAAUUAAAGCUCUCAGUGUCUUCCUCUUACGUUCUGAUCAAACCCCAUAUGAAAUUCGAAGCAGGAUUGAAGAGCCAUGCGCAAACAUCAUAAUGGAAUCUGGGAAGGCUCUUAAGGAAUCAUCAUUGAUGCUUAAACAGUUUGCAAAGUCAGGAAUGGCAAAUCCCCAUGUGGCGAAUGCUAAAAAUGCUUCUGAAUCUCUUAAAUCUGUUCUGAGAACAAACCCGUGGGAAGGAGCUGAUCAUCUGCAGAUAAUACCAGCAGCUACAGUGGCAUCACUUCUGAUUGAUAUAGUUUUCUGUGUUGAGAAAAUUUGUGAAGCUGUUGAGGAACUUGCAAACCUUGCAAAUUUUGAGCCCUCUGAGAUACUCCAUCGAGGAACAGUUCAACCUAUUCCCGAUACUGAUGGUGCGGUUCAUGUCAUCACCAUUGCUGAAUGA